UGUCAAAUUCGAGCUAAGGAAACAAAAUUGCUAUAUUUUGACGGCCGCCACUGCCAGUCAGGUGAAUCGUCAACAGGUGUAAAGAUGAGCGAGCCUUCCAAGCAAGAAAUAUCGACCAUAUUUAAACGCUUGCGAUCCAUACCUACGAAUAAGGUAUGCUUUGACUGUUCGGCCAAGAACCCGAGUUGGGCCAGCAUCACCUAUGGCGUGUUCCUGUGUAUCGACUGCUCUGGCACGCAUCGCUCCCUGGGAGUUCACCUGUCCUUCAUCAGGUCUACAGAGCUGGACUUCAACUGGUCCUGGUUCCAACUGCGCUGCAUGCAAGUUGGAGGCAACGCUGGUGCGUUGGCGUUCUUCAAUCAGCACGGCAGUACCUCAACUGCUGCCAACACUAAGUACAACAGCAGAGCAGCGCAGCUCUACAGAGACAAGAUCAAGACCCUGGGAACACAGGCCACCAGGCAUCACGGCACAGAGCUUUGGCUGGACAGCCAGGCUCCCCUCUCCCCGUCUCCCACUGACAAGCAGGUGGACUUCUUCAGCCAGCACACACAGCAGGUGACCUCCAGUGAAUCCAGCUCUCUGAACAUCAGCUCUGGUCCCACAGCUGUGGAAUCCUCAUCAACCAAGGAAAAUCACAACAACAACAAUGAAGAGGGACCGAGUGUGGAAGUGCUUAGCGUGUCUCCUCAAACGGCGUUAGACACGAGUGCUCUCUUCAAGAAGAAGCCAACCACCACAAAGAAAGCGCUGGGUGCCAAGAAGGGGGGCUUGGGUGCUCAGAAGGUGAGCAGCCAAAGCUUCUCGGCUCAGGCCAAGAGGGCUCAGGCUGUGGACAAGCUCAGAGAGGAGACCAACAACAACCCCAAACCCACUGCUGCUGAAGAGGAUGACAAUGUUGUGUCGUCCUUGCGUCUGGCCUACCAGGACCUGGAGGUGCAGAGGAAGAGGGACGAUGAGAAGAUGAAGGGCCUGGAGGGCAAGAGGAAGGAGCAGGCCGAGAGACUGGGCAUGGGCUUCAGCAGCAGGAGUGGGGUGUCCCACUCUAUGCAGUCGGACAUGCAGACCAUAAAGCAGGAGACUCCAACAGACCUUCAGCCAUCCCGAAUCAGCCGCUUUGAUGAGGAGAGGGAGGACCACGGCACCUUCUCAUCCAGGUCAUCGUCCAAGGUCUUUGAUGACAAGGCAGACUCCUCUGAUGGCUUCUUCUCCAGGUGGAAUAAGGAGUCUGGAGAUGUGUUGAAGAAGGACUCCGCAAAGCCAGAGCCGGACUUCUACCUCAGCUCCAGGUCCUCAUUUGAUGACGGCAGGUCGACGUCUAGAAGGAAAUACGAUGCUGUACCCAGCCCGACCUCAGACGAAGCCCAGAAGAAGUUUGGAGACGCCAAGUCCAUCUCCUCCGACAUGUACUUUGGCAAACAGGACGACACAGAGUAUGAGGCGAGGACUCGUCUAGAGCGGUUCUCUGGGAACGCCUCCAUCAGCUCAGCAGACCUGUUUGACGAACAGAAGAAGAAAACCAACACCGCCGGCAUGUACGGCCUGACCAACGUGUUGCCAAGCGCUCCUGACAUGGCGGGACUGAAGCAGGGGGUGCGCUCUGUAGCCGGACGCCUGUCAGUCAUGGCCAGUGGAGUGGUCUCCACCAUUCAGGAUCGAUACAGCACGUGAGCCUGGAGGAUGCCCUGCCAUCUGUACCUUAAAAUAACACCGCCCUGCCCUCAUGCAGAGCUGUGUGCCUCUCUGGUGGCACCUAUGGGAUAUCGGUUUAAUGGCCAACACGCACACAUACUGGCUGUGUGUGACGCUUCAGCAUAGCUUCUUGAAGUAGAUAGAGGAUGUCUGCCCAGCCCACCGAGCUUGACAGAUGUUACUGUGUGAGUUCAGUAUAGAAUCCCAAAGCUUACUCGUGUAACCAAAACCGGAAGUGAAGGAGACUCUUAAGCUUUGUUCAUCUUUAUACACUAUGCCUUUUUCUUGCUGUUGGACAUUACAUAUAUUUCUGGUCACUAUGGUUUAUGGCUUACUGCUGAUAUUAGAUUUUGGGGUGUUUCUUUGAUAAUAGUCACCUUGGUGUUGAGCUUUGUGUUGCACACGUGUUUGGGGUUCCCAAAUUGAUUUUGAAAGGAAGAGUUUAUGAAGUCGCAGUGGGAUUUCUUACUGGAUCACCUGCUAAGUCUUGAAGGAUCACUAAAACAUGACGGAAAGUUACCCAGAUGCCUUAUUUGAAGAGUGCAUUGAAAUGCUUUAAAAUGCUGUUAUAUCAUGUACUUAAUUAUUCAGACGUAUACGCUUUGUUUUGGUUCAUUGCACCAUGUUUACCUGCUUGUCAUAUGAUAUAAGCAUCUCUUGCCAAGUACCUUGGGAACAUGCAUGCCACUAUUUCUUAGUCGCUGACAUGUAUUAGCACACUGUAUCAAUUAGCAAAGGCCCAGUCUAAAUUCAAACAAGCCGUUCCCAUACAUACUGUAUGUUGACAAUCCUGCCAUGCUUGAUGCACACUAACGAAGUGUCAUUUUCUGAUUGAGAGGGUUUGAUGAAGGUUUGAUGCAUUUGAAUGUACCAGUCCUUAACUUUGGUUUUGAGUAUUGCCUGAAGUUGAAAGUUGCCAACACUGUUUAAAGGUGCACUGUGUUAUAUUAAUAGUAGUCAAUUUCACAAAUGUUACCUUUUUCAUGAUCACUGACCAACACUAUAAAAUUCCAAGUGUUCAUAAUGUCUGGGAAAAUUGCACUUAUCAUACAUGAAAAGGGGGGUUUUCUCCAUGUCGGCCAUUUUGAAUUUCCAAAAAUAGACAUGUUUAGCUCAGAAACUUACUGUACAUUGGUCAUGCUAGUAAAUAUUUUAUUAAUUAGCAAAUAUUCAUGAAAAUAGCAAGUUUGGGCAGCACAGUUUCAAUGAGCAGCAAAGUUAAAAUACUCUGGUCACCAUCCUACACAGUGCACCUUUUUAACAGAAAGCUGAAGUUUGCAUGCUGUAAUGUUUGAUUUCGCGUCACUUUAUGGAUGGCUGUUACUGCUCUUGUUGCUUUGUUUUUGUUUUUUUGUAACGCAUUCACCUUUUUAUUUUGAUGCCAGAAUUAGAAUUGCUUACCAAGUAGGCCAUACAUGUACAAAACAUAAAUAAAGGAAAAUGCUUAUAUCCAGAAAGGAAAUGGAGGGGAUUGAUUGUAAGUAAAGCAUUAAUUAGUUCAAUUCAUGUUAAUAAUGCAAUUGUAAAUCUAGUAAUAUUGUUGUAUGAUUCCAUGUUCUUAUCUAUGUUGAACAAUCAUGUCUCUUUAAAAUUAUGGCUAUUUCCUUUCUAUUUUCUUUUACACCAAAGGAAAAGGAUUUAUUAGGUCUUGGUUUUUUUUGCGAACAUUGUAAGCUGAUGGGCACAAAGGUCACCAAACUCAGAAAAUUACAUUAAUUUGUGUAUGGAAUGAAGUUUGAUAGCCUGUAAUUGUUCACGAAUAGAAUAAUUACUGUGCUUUUUGUACUUUUGGGAGUAAAGGGGUUGCCGUAGGCUAUGGCAGAUUGCACAUGUCCAUGCUGUGUAUUGAUUGCUUGAUAAAACUGGGAAAAACUCUUCUGAAAACUCUAAA